GAAAAAAUAAAAAAUGAAGGGAUUUUGCGAAGGAGAAAGGAAUAAAAAAGGCAAAAAAACAAAAGUAAAGAAAAAGAGAGAAAAUAAGAAAUGAUGAAUCAGAGAAACGUGGCAAAUGAUAUAAGAAAGAAAAAGAAGAAAAGUUCAAACAUUAAAUAAAGGAAUGUCAAUUCAAAAGGUUCAUGCUAGAGAAAUUCUUGAUUCACGUGGUAAUCCAACCAUUGAAGUAGAAAUUACUACUGGAAAAGGUAUGUUCAGAUCAUGUGUUCCAUCAGGAGCAUCUACUGGAGUUCAUGAAGCAGUUGAACUUCGUGAUGGAGACAAGAAAAGAUAUGGAGGAAAAGGAGUUCUUAAGGCUGUUGAAAAUGUUAACACCAUUAUUGGACCAGCUCUUCUUGGCAAGAACGUUUUGAACCAAGCAGAACUUGAUGAAAUGAUGAUUAAACUUGAUGGAACUAACAACAAAGGAAAACUUGGAGCUAAUGCUAUUCUUGGAUGUUCAAUGUCAAUUUGCAGAGCUGCAGCAGCAGAAAAAGGACUUCCAUUAUAUAAAUAUCUUGCUGAACUUACUGGACAUAAAGAAAUGACUAUGCCAGUUCCAUGUUUCAAUGUUAUUAAUGGAGGAGCACAUGCAGGUAAUGCACUUGCUAUGCAAGAAUUCAUGAUUUGCCCAACUGGAGCUACUAACUUCCAUGAAGCUCUUAGAAUGGCAGCUGAAACAUAUCAAUGCCUUAAAGUUGUUAUUAAAGCUAAAUAUGGACAAGAUGCUACUAAUGUUGGAGAUGAAGGAGGAUUUGCACCAAAUGUAUCAGGAGCACGUGAAGCACUUGAUCUUCUUGUAGAAGCUAUUGCUAAAGCUGGAUAUACUGGAAAGAUUGAAAUUGCUAUGGAUUGUGCAGCAUCCGAAUUUUAUAAUGAAGAAACUAAGAAAUAUGAUCUUGGAAAGAAGAUUCCAGCUGAUAAGAAAGACCCAUCUCUUGUUAAGGAUGUUGAUGGAUUAAUUGCUGAAUAUGUUGAUUAUGGUAAACAUUAUCCAAUUGCUUCAAUUGAAGAUCCAUUUGCUGAAGAUGAUUGGGCAGCAUGGAAUAAAUUCACUGUUGAACAUGGUAAUUUCCAAAUUGUUGGAGAUGAUCUUUUAGUCACAAACCCAGCUCGUGUCCAAAUGGCUAUGGAUAAGAACGCAUGUAACUCUGUUCUUAUUAAAGUUAAUCAAAUUGGUACUCUUACUGAAACAUUCAAGACUAUUAAGAUGGCACAAGAAAAAGGAUGGGGAGUUAUGGCAUCACACAGAUCUGGUGAAACUGAAGAUACUUUCAUUGCUGAUCUUGUUGUUGGACUUAACUGCAAACAAAUCAAGACUGGAGCACCAUGCAGAUCUGAAAGACUUUGCAAAUACAAUCAACUCAUGAGAAUUGAAGAAGAACUUGGAAACAUUCCAUAUGCUGGAAAGAACUGGAGAAAUUCAACUGCUUAAGAUAAAUUAAAUUUUAUCUACUUA